AUGGAGAACAUAUUUGACCACUAUGACCUGCUGGAGGUGAUGGAAGGAACGGAGAAGCGCCCCGAGAACGACCCGGAGAAGAGCCCGUGGGUGCGGAAGAGCGCACAAGGCUAUCUCUUACUUGGGCAAGCGUUGGGGAGCAGUCAGAUCCGUCACAUCAAGCCAUUCCAGCGUGAACCAGAGAAAGGACCAAAGGCAUGGGCUGCUCUCAAGGGUGUACAUGCUCCUGCAACAGCGGCGGUAGCGGUGGUGUUGGAACGGCAAAUGGCGGCACUACGAAUUGAAGAAGACAAAGCGGUUGAAGAAGGGGUGCAGAAAUUCUUCGACUUGUUGACGCGGCUUGAGGGAGCUGAUUUGAACUACAGUGAGCUCCAAAAGAAGACCAAGUUGCUGGCCUUACUCCCAGAGUCAUGGUCCUCGCUCAUCAUCAACCUUAAUCGCGACUUGCCCCGCCUCUCGCUUGAAGACGUGAAGCGAGCUAUCCUUCAAGAGGAUUUCCGCCGCCGUGAGUUGGCGAGUGCGGAUGGCGCUGGGGCAUCGAGCAUCGGCCGUGGAUAUGGUCGAGGAAGAGGCAGAGGACGAGGGGGAGGAAGGUUUGGUGGCAGCAACUUCGGCGGAGGCCGCAGGAGUAGCGGUUACGGCAGCGACGACAAGAGCUACGGACGCGGUCGCGGCCGAUUCGACGGCGAGUGUCACUAUUGCCACAAGAGCGGACACAUGUGGCGCGACUGCUACAAACUCCAAGAUGGUUGGACCCCUGCUCAAGGCCAAGAGGGUAGAGGAGCAGGAGGAGGGAGAGGACGAGGCCGUGGAGGCCGUGGCGGUCGCGGUGGCGGAGCUGCAAACAUGAAGAGCGGAGACAACGACAAGGACCCGAGCGACGAUCGAUACCCGGGUCUAUUCUACUUCGUCAUGACACCUCGCCCGGACUUGCUCACCGAACUCGAGCCGUCACCGGUGAAGCAUGUCACAUCGGCUUUGGGGCAGCGAGCAGAGGUGAAAGGCAUGGGCAAGGCCAUGUUCAAGGGUGCUGAUGGGAAGAUGGUGGGCCUCAAGAACGUGCUUUGGGUGCCCAGCCUUGCUGCAAACCUGAUUUCCGUGCGGCGGUUGGCAAAGGCCGGCAUGGACACGAACUCGAAGGGAGCCAAGACCUACACCGCAAGGCUUGGCGAUCGAAUUCUUUGGGACCUUCAUGAGGACAGGGAUGUCUACAACGAGAUGUGGCAGAUCCCAGUGGUCCCUAUGCCUAAGGAGAGGCAAGUGGCAGCAAGCAUCAGCACCAAGGAUGGAGCGGUCGGUAGCGACGAUGGCGCGAACGGUCGCGCUAAGGAGAAUGAGCUCAAGAAGAGCAAACCUGGAGGGACCAACAAGUUCAGUGAACCUAAGGAGAGUGGUGCAGCAACCAAGGAGCAGCAAAAGGGUGAGGAGAACCCAGAGUCAGCAGCGGAGGAGGACUACGGAGAGAGUAUGUGGGGCGUUAUUGCGAGCGCGGCAUUCUCCAAUCCAACUUCGGCUACGGGGGAGUGUGAUUGGCUCACCUUGCAUCGGCGCAUGGGGCAUGUGGCCCUGCCCAUCUUGCAGCAGCUAGUGAAGAAUGAGAUGGUUGCUGGCAUACGUGUGAAGGGGGAGCCCGAUGAGGUGCUUGGCUGCCCGACGUGCAUUCAAGCCAAGUUCACCCGGUUUCCGUUCCCUAGUUCGGAGGCAACGGCAAAGGCACCGCUUGAUGAGGUGGUGAUGGACGUGGUGGGCCCCCUGAAGCUUGGAGCUGCUGGAGCUGAGUAUUUUCUCACCAUUGUCGACGUCUACACCCGCAUGACUUGGGUGUACGUGCUGGCCAAGAAGAGCGACGUGGCUGAAACGUUGAAGACGGAUUGGUUCCCGAUGGUGGAGCAGCAACAAGACCGUCUAGUCAAGUCAAUCCGCACCGAUCGAGGGGGAGAGUUCCUGAGCAAGGAGUUUGGGUUGUGGCUGAAGAAGAAUGGUAUUCGGCACUCCCUCACCAUGCCAUACUCCCCUGCAAUGAACGGCAUCGCCGAGCGAGCGAACCGCACAAUCACGGAGGCGGCACGCGGGUUGCUCAUUGAAGCCGGGCUACCCGACUAUUUCUGGCCUGAUGCGGUGCGGAGCGCGUGUGUGGCCAAGAACAGAGCCUUGACUCAUGUGGGAGCAGACAAAUGGGUGCCCUAUGUGGAGUGGCUAGGAAGGAAGCCAAAGGUGGAUAUGCUUCGGGUGUUCGGGUGCAUGUGCAUGGCGCUCGUGCCUAAGCAUCUUCGGCACAACAAGCUUGGUGCCAAGGCGGUGUGGGCCGUGCACUUGGGCAUGGCUCAAAACAGCAAGGGAUGGCUUCUUUGGGACCCAUUCACCAAGAAGUUCUUGGUGAGCAGGGACUGCAAGUUCAUGGAGAACUUCAUGUACAAGGAUUGGAAGGCGGAGAAUGAGGCGAAGAUAGGCGUGCGGUUUGGGGAGGUGAAGAGUUCCGGUUUGGAGCAUGUGGAGCUGCCUUUGGAGCUGAGCAGCGGCAGCACAACCACAAGGCAAUCCUCCCUUGUGAAUGGGGGAGAGGAGGCCAAUGAUGCAGAGGAAGAAGAGGAGGAGGUGCAGCAAGUGAGCGAGCGUGCACCGUCACUCCCUUCCCGUACUACGAGUGCUCCACGGAUUCGAGCCACACCGCAGCAACGCCAAGGCCUUCAAGUCCCUGCAGCUGAGGAGGAAGGAAGGGGGAAGAGGAGAGUUCAACCCCCUAAUAGGCUGACCUAUGAUGCGCCGGGAAAGCAGGGCAAGACAGCCCUGGCCGGAGCGGCAAUGAUGGUCGGAGACGACGAGGAGAGUGACUACGAGGAGUGUGCCUUCGCGUUCUUCUCUCCGGUGGAGAUGCCGGGAGAACCAGCAACUCUCAAGGAGGCUUUGGAAAGUAGUGAUGCUGAGGAGUGGAAGAAGGCCAUGGAGAGUGAGCUGAAGAGCAUCGAGGAGAAUGACACGUUUGAAUUGGUGGAGCUACCGGAGGGGCGCUUGUAG